AGUAACGAUACUCAUAAUGACUACGAUAAGAAUGUUGGAAACCAUGACUCUGAAUCCAAAUACACUGAACCUAAAGACUUUGAAUCCGAAAACCCUAACUCUUUUAAUAAUACACAUGCUUCUAAGAGAGUAUCUGCAACUUCUAGCAAAAAACAAACAUUUUUACUCAAGCAUAACAAGCCUCUUAAUGACAAGAAUAAGAAUAAUAGAAGCUAUAAUCCUGAAGAUUAUACUAAUGAAGACUUUGACUCUGUUAAUAGAUCACUUUUAAAAAACAAUAUUGAGGAUGCUCUUGUUCUUGACAAAGAUGCUCUAGUUCUCGAUUACAACGAUGUUCUCAAUCCUGCAGCAGCAUAUAUUGCUGAACGACAAAAACUUUUAAAGAUUGCAAACCAAAUGGCCCAAUAUAAUGGUCUUACAAAGUCAGAUAAUAAAGAAAACAUCGAUGUUCUUACUCAACAAGUAAGAGUACAACACCUUACAAAAGCAAUAAUUUAUAAAUGCGUUAAGCUAUGUUUUUUAUUAAGAAAAUUCUCACAUAAAGAUAUUUCUGUUCUAAAAUUAGCUGCCAAUAGGGCAUUUCAAAGUUAUAGAGAUGCACUUUAA